AAUCUCCACCAAAACGCAUGCAAACCAAUCUCUCUCUCUCUCUCUCUCUCUCUCUAAAAAAACGUGUCGCCUCCUACACUUCCGUCCUUCGACCCUUUCCUUCGCUUUCCUCUCUCUCUCUCUCUCUCUCCCUAGCAUAUUGAACUUUUACUUCAGUAUAUCUCAUACAAUAUAUAUAUCGUAAUCAAACUCGCCGGACUUCAAUUCCGAUUGCCGGAGCUCGCGGAUCUCCGUUUCAGCAGCAAUCUCGCAGAGUGAUGCUCUUGUCAAUUUAAAUUUGAAAUCUGGAGCAUUUCUCUCCUGCCCAAAUCAUAUACAAUACUUCGAUUGUUGUUUGAUAUGAGAAUAUACAGAAGCUGUUGCUGUUCAUGAGGGCAUUUAAAUCAUGGAGAUGGGUGGUCAGGAAAAGACACAUAUUAUUUGACGGGGGAACAUGCGGAGUCAAAAUGAAACAACUGCCGUUUAUGGUAAUUGUUUGUACAGUCAUGUUGUUCAUAGUAUACAGAACCACAAAUUAUCAAUAUCGACAGACAGAGAUAGACGAACGAUUGAACCCCUUCUACACAUCGAAGGAUAUUGGUGUGGCUUACAAUAGUUUGGCUAGUUUACCUCGUGGCAUCAUUCAAGCUGGUUCAGAUUUGGAGUUAAAACCUCUAUGGUCAACAAGUAGUUUGAGGGAAAAGGUUGAUGUUUCAAGCUCUCAUAACUUACUAGCAAUUCCAGUUGGCAUUAAACAAAAGAGUAAUGUUGAUGUUAUUGUUCAAAAGUUUCUUUCAGAGAAUUUUACAAUUAUAUUAUUCCAUUAUGAUGGCAAUAUGGAUGGAUGGUGGGAUCUUCCAUGGAGUAAGAACGCUACACAUAUAGUUGCUCAAAACCAAACAAAAUGGUGGUAUGCAAAACGCUUUCUGCAUCCAGCUGUUGUAUCUAUCUAUGAUUAUAUAUUUCUUUGGGAUGAGGAUUUGGGGGUGGAGAAUUUUCACCCAGGAAGAUACUUGCAUAUUGUGAAAUCGGAAGGAUUGGAGAUAUCUCAGCCAGCUUUGGACCCAAAUUCGACUGGUAUACAUCACAAAAUAACAAUACGGUCAAGAACAAAUAAGUUUCAUAGAAGAGUCUGGGAUGUUAGAGGCAGUACAAAGUGUUCAGAGGACAGCGAUGGUCCACCAUGCACAGGAUUUGUGGAAGGAAUGGCUCCAGUAUUUUCAAGAUCUGCCUGGCAUUGUGCUUGGCAUCUUAUACAGAAUGAUCUUGUUCAUGGAUGGGGAAUGGACAUGAAACUUGGGUAUUGUGCACAGGGUGACCGGACAAAAAAUGUGGGAGUAGUUGAUAGUGAAUAUAUUGUUCAUCAAGCAAUACCAACUCUGGGCGGGCCAUCUGCAAAAAAGGCUUCAAAUCCUGAAGAGUCAAUGAAGAAACCUACUUUUGAUAUGCGGGCUGAGAUACGAAGGCAAUCGACAUCAGAGCUUCUAACAUUUAAAAAGCGUUGGGAUCAAGCAGUGAAGCAGGACAGGAAGUGGGUCGAUCCAUUUAGAAGAAAGCGAAAGCUGAUACUGAGACGCAAGCAAAGAUUACACAUUUGAGUUUUUUGUAUCUCACUUCCAUAUGUUGUAAUUUAAUUUGUCUUGGCUCAUUGGAUCUCAUAAUUAUUUCAUUAUUUUAGUUAGUCCAUGUUUUUCAUUUACUUGUCGCGUAAUGUUUCUAUUCAUCUUCAAACUUCACUUAAUAGCAUCAAAUUUCAUUUUA